UUUCCAGAAAAACCUUCGUUUUUCGAUCUAAAUGAAUUAGAGUGCAGAUUGCUUGCUCCAAGCUUGCAUUUCAAAAAUUAAUGCAAGUUCCUAGAGGUAGACAACUAAAAAUUAAUGGAAACAUUGUUAGUGUUCCAGCAGAUGUUGUUAAUACUGUUAACAUGUUGUCAAGGUUUCCAAAUGACACCAGCACAAUUAAAGUUAACCUUAAGAGAAGAUUGCAAUACAAAAGUUCUGCUUUAUCACUAGCCUAAAUGUCAGACCAAAUAAAGUAGCAGAAGCUGCCAAAUGGCUUGUAAAUAAUGGUAACCUUUAUAAAGAUGAAGGUAUAACUUUCAAUGACACUUGGCUUGAAGAUAAUUUAAAUACUCAAAUGGUAUUUGAUGAUAGUGACAAUGAUCAAACUUCAGAGGGUUCAGAAAAUGUUGUGGACUGUAAUGCAGAAAGCUUGAACUGUGACACAGAAUGUAAAACCCAGCAAUCAUCAGCUUGUGAUGAUGAUGAACACUGGAGUGAAGACGAGGCAGAAAUACCUGCUGGAAUCACUGACACUAUGUUAACAUCUCCAGAUUUUGUCACUGAUAAUGAACGUCAGCAUAUUUUAAACGUUGCACCUGGUGAGGGCAAUAGGCCUAUGAGUAUACUUAGAGAUAAAUACUCAGAGAAAUUAGCAUAUUCUGGUAUAUUUCUUGGACAGAAGCAACCAGACAAUACAAAUAGACUAACCAAAGUCCAUUAUAGUGAAAUUUGAAAAUCUGAAUUAAGACGGUCUGACCGAAGGGCUGCAAUGUGUGUGGAAAAUAUUUUCUUUAAAACGAAGAAAUUGCAAAUGAAAAUUUUGCUGGGGCAGUCACAAGUUGCAUUAAGAAAAUGUCAACGAAAUAGUAGCACAAUCACUGCCGGUCAACUAAAACAACCGGCAUUAGAUAACAUGAUUCAUCAUGAUCAAGGAUUUAAAUUUCUUAGAGCUGUAAGGGGUUCACCUCCAUAUUUUGAAAAAGCUAAAAAGGAUAUAUUUGCAAUGAUCAGGCAGCUAGGAUCUGCUUCAUUAUUUUGUAGUUUUUCUUCAGCGGAAACACAAUGGACUCAUUUACUGAGAAUACGUGGUAAACUUGUUGAUAACAAAACAUACACUGACACUGAACUUGAGAACCUCAAUUGGGAAGAGAAAAGUAGGUUAAUUCAAAGUGAUCCUGUGACAUGUGCCAGGCAUUUUGAUUAA